ACAUAGUUACGGGUGCAGAUUCCGAACUGAAUUAGGUAAAUAUUAAUGUUUAUAUUGAGGCUUGAAUUAUAGUCUAGACUCCAGAAAGUCAAUACUUUAUUAAAUAAUGUAUUUAGUACAACUAAUAGUUGUGAUAUAAUAUAUGUAGUUAGCAUGCUCUAAUAAGAAUAAUUGAUAAUUGACACUCUAAUUAAUAAAUAGAUAUAUAAAACUUUAUUCUGAUAAAUGCAUGCUUUUUGUAUUGAAUAUCACAACUCAGAUAUAUAUUUCAAAGGGCUGUAAAAGUGUAAAAGCAUAUCUGUAUGUCCAGUUUGUUAAAUGAUACUAAACAAUGUGCAAGUUUAAAUAAAAUCUUGUUUGCAAUCAAAUUUCAAAUCGUUAUUUAUAUACAUAGUUUUAUUUCUAAUACAAGGCAGAGAGAAAUUUCCAGGAGUAAUUCACUAAUUGUUUUUGAUAAAAGACAUUUCUGGUAUGAACAAAAACAGGUUAGUGAUGCAAAAAGUGGAAGAAACCAAAAAGAAAUGUGAUGUUAUCAGAGGAGAAAUGGGAACAGAAGCAGUCAAGAUAAAUGUUGAUACUGAGAGUAAUCUUGUUGCACCUCAUCAAAAAGUAAUACAGCAAUGUUGUGACUGCCAGUUUUACAGCAGUUAUUUACUUAAGAUCUCUAUAAUAAAAAGAAGAUGUGCAUCUUCGAGCUCCUCCUAGCUGCUUCUCAGAUCAGUGUAUGAUGGAACGCCAAGGCUAUUUUCCUCAUCGCAGCAGAGGUAGUCGACGACAUCACAGCAAUUAUCGUGUACGGUGUUUUAAAAACACUAGGAGGAGAGAAAUAAAUAGUAACCAGGAUCAUCUGUCAGAUAAAGAAGAAAGUAAAGUGAACCUCAACUUAGAGAUGACUGAAAAAAAGAAAAAAGAAUAUGAAUUAUUGAAAACUGCACGUAUACAGACUGGCCAAGAGCUGGUUAAUCAGUCUAAAACUACGAGUAGAUACUGUAGACGAGACCUGGAAACAAGUAGUCACGGAUUUACCAAAGCAGAAAGAACCUCAAGUAAAUCAGAUUCCCAAGAAAAAGGAAAAAAUUGGAGAUCAUGGAGAAGUGAAAGGUCUUGGCAUGGAGGACCAGUUGUCACAAAUAGGAAGGGACAGAGGGGCAUGGAAAGAGGUAGACCACCAAGUUGGGGACCCAGAAGAGGAGGAAGAAGAUUCUUGAGACAAAGGGGAUGCUACUCGUCUUUUGGAAACUUCAUGUUGGACACAGAUCCUGAUAUUGAAGAUGAGAGCGAUGUGGCACCAACACGUAACAGGUCUGUAAGAUUAAAUCAAGACAUGACCAUAACCGUGAAAGUGAAAAAUGAAAUGAGUACUACUGGUGUGAAUGUUUCACGGGUAAUACCACCAACAAUUAGUUCAAAGUCUUCACAGCAGAGAAUGUUGACCACCACUGGUCACCAAAACAAACCCCCCAAGAAACCAGUCAUAUAUGUAUCUAAAAGACAAAAAUCAGGUUCUUCCUUACCUAAUGAAUCUAAAGAGUCAGAAAGAGACAAAUGCUCUAUUGAAACAGAAUUAUCAGAUACUUUUAAAACAAAAAUUAACUUAACAGAAAACCAGGAUUGUAAGAUUUCUAGCUCAUCUGCAACAGUUCAAACAACUAUUGGCAAGAAUACUGCUGUUACUUCUAACGAUAGCUGUGUAGAAGCAAAAAACAAUAGCUCUGUUUCGCCACAUCAGAAUGCCACAGAUUUUAAAGAGGAUGUUUUAUCCUGCACUGCUAUCAAGUCAGAACUUGAAGAAAUUGACAAAGCACCAGUAGAAGAUGAAAAUUGUAAAACAAAAAUGAGCAUAAACUCAUCUACCACAGAGAGUGAGGGAGAUGACUCUUGGGAAGACAUGACUAGUGGACCAGAAUCUCUGGAAUUAUCUGGUAUAAGCUUUAAUAAAGCAGAAGUAAUUAAUCAUAGGUCCAAAAGCAGAGAAGAUCAGAGCUGUUGUACAAAAGAUGGCCUUGAAGAAAGUGUUAAUACUAUAGAAAAUCUUUAGUCAGUUUGUUUUAUUAUUAGUGAUACAUACAGUGCUCUGAAUAAUUUUUUUCCUUAAGGACUAAUCACUCCCAGAAUUCUGUCAGUAAUUUUAAAUUUCUUACAAAGUGUAACAGCAACAUUUUGUGGUUAAAAAAAAUUAUGAAUUAUCCUACUAUUUCAAAAUGUGUAAUUUGGCACAGGAUUAAUUUAGCAAAUUAAAUAGUCAAAUGUAGUCAUAAUAAACACAAAUAAUGACAUUACAACUUUUUAUUUUAUUUUUAACACAGAAUUGGAUCAUUCACGAGUGUGCCAAUAGAAACUUCUGGAAGUUAAAGAGCACUUAUUUGUGCAGCUCUACUGUGUGAACUGUGCAGAACUGUAGAAAGCUACAAUAAUGCACCCAUUAAUUACUGUACUACCACUAAAGUGGCUGGAGCCAUAUUAGUUUUACCACACAGUAAAACAACUCAAUAUUUUUAAGGCCGUAAAUGGCUGUACAAUUGAGCAGUGUAUUGCCAUACACCAGACACACUUUUUAAAAUGUUUAUGCCAUUUGCAGACACAAAUUACAAUACAUUAACAAACAAGAUCUUGUUUAGGUUUUGCAGCUACAUGAUAACAGUGGCAAUAAUCUACUGUUUAUCAUAAUUUUUGUCAGAACAAGCUGUUUCACUCUAUUUAAUACUGUUUUGAAUUGUGAGUGAUAUAGGUAUAUAAACACCCUCAUGACCACUGUAAUAUAUAUAAUAUUAAUAGCAUGUAUGCUCCACAUUAAUGAUGCUAGGCUUGAUUUUGAUGACCAACUGUCAGUAAUAAGCCAUGUUCAUUGAUUGUAUAUCACAGUUCACGAGAUAACCAUACUUGGUACAAAUUUUAUUUUUUCUGAAGCAAUUGUUUAAGUGAAUUUUGAACAUUAUUAAAUAUUGUAUUAACCAGUGUAUGCUAAAUACAUAUUUAAUUUUUAGUUGGCUUCCUUUAUUAACACAUCUGUGUUGCUUCUGUUAUUACUUAACUCUUUGAUACAAACCUAAAAAUCCCUGCAUUUCUCUAUACAACUACCUGGAGUAAGUACUGGUUCAAAUAGCUUAUUUCUCUGUGUUUAGGUAACUUGUUUAGUAAUUUAAAACAACCUUGUUCAAAAUAUUGUUUGGAGACAGUUCACGGAGCUCCUACUUCAUCUUCUUAGAGGGUGCCUAUGUCUCCACAUGGAAACUUUGCAAGGCAUUUGAUAUUAAUGAGGAUGAGGACAUUAUCAUCCAAAACUGAUACAUAACCCGUUCAUGAGCAUUUUGUAGCCUUUUAUAAACCUUUCCUUUUGAAGCUAGAUAAGUAUACUGGAUGUAACUUACAUUAUCAAGCUGGAAACUGGAUAAAGUCAACUAAUUUUGAUAUUGUGAAUAUAAAUCUGUUUAUGAGCAGUAAAGUAUUGCAUUGUAUAUUGUUUCUUGUAUCAACAGAAACAUGGAUAUGAACAGUAAAGUACUAUGUUUUAUAGAUGUUUCUUGUAUCAGUAGAAACAUGGACAUGAACAGUAAAGUACUAUGUUUUAUAGAUGUUUCUUGUAUCAACAGAAACAUGGACAUGAACAGUAAAGUACUAUGUUUUAUAGAUGUUUCUUGUAUCAGUAGAAACAUGGACAUGAACAGUAAAGUGCCAUGUUUUUCAUGUAUUUCUUGCAUGAAUAAAAACCUGAACAUGAGUAGAUUCAAAGGUUUGGCUAGAAAAUAGAACACGUAUGCUUACCAAACAUUUUCAACUUUGUUUUCAAAAUGCUGGUAAUUCAAGUUCAUCAAGUUGAGAAAAUCGGCUUAUUCAGUAUGAGUAGUUUUUUUACAUAAAUUGUUUUCAGUGAAAUUGAAGGUUUUAUUAACUGUAGAAGUUUCACAUUAGUCCUUUAAUUGUAUUCCAUUUUAUGUUUGUUAUUUUAACAGCAAUAUAUUAGGCUAAUAACAAUAUGUACGAUACAGAAUUUACACUGUUAAAGCUUAAGAAAUAUUUUAUGUUUGGUUUGGUUUAGUUGAAAAAGAAUAUAUAACAAAAUACUGAUAGUCAGUAAUACAAAUAUUGUAAAAAAUAUCGUUUGUAUUGUUUAUUUUUUAGCAUUAUAAUUUUUAUUACAAAAUGUAUCACCACACAUAAUUAACCACUGCUUCUAUUGUUAAGCGUCUGUGCACGUAGGAAAUGGUAGCUUAAAAAUGUUAUAUAUGAAUUUUGUUAUAUGCAAUACAAAUAUCAGUUUAAUUAAUUAAACAUAUGUUAAGAUAACUGUGUACAAAUGGAAGUAUUUAAUAUAUACCUAUAAAGAAAUUCUCUAAAACGUGUUACUUUACAAAUUCUUGGAAAUUUCAUAUUUUAUUAUAUUUUAGUUGUCUUAUAGGUUUGUUAGUAAAUAUGUUGAUAUAGGUAUAGUUGUUACACAUGUAUGAGUUUGAUCCAUCAUUGGUAAGAUGGACAGUGUCCUUGAUUGGUAAAAUUAAUUUCUUUUAUAUUUUUCCUAAUUUUUCUUGUCAAAAUUUUGCUUACUUAAUCAGUGUUGGGAUUUUAUCAAUAUAAUACUAUUUAAUUCAAGACUGGGCGUAUUUUUAUGUAUUUAAAUCUAUGCAAAUCUGUUGCACCACCUAUUGCAAAGUAGUUGUAGAAUGUGUGACAGAACCUCUUUAAAACUGCACUGACUGACCACUUUAUUAGGACCACCCCCCAACCUAACAUCCUGACGGAUCAUCUUUUGGCAUGAUCAUAGGCAAGAUUUGUUAUAACAUAGACUUCACAAGAUGGUUAGAGGUAUCUUGUCUAUGGUUAGUUGAAUGUCACACUCAAGUUCGUCCCAGAAAUGCUCAACCAUGCUGAGGUCUAGUGAUUGUCUUGACCAAGAAGAAUGUCUGAACCUACCUUUAUUGCCCUUUGAACCAGUUUUUGGACAAUUCGAGUGUUAUGAAUUCUUUAAUUAUAAUCAGACUGAAUAUACAGAGCAUUGUAGGGUGUACAUGAGCUGCAACAACGCGUAAGUACGCACUGGAUGUUGUUAAACCAUAUAAAGGAAACAAUAAAGCCAACUCUUCCCCCCCCCUCAUCCCCCCUGUCAGGAGGACCUUUCUUACAAACAUGCCCACUCAAAUGGAUGUCUUUGAACAAAUAGUUUAAAAUAGGUCUUUGAUAUACAGCAGUUCUUCUAAAUGAGAACCUACUGGUGUGACUUUAGUAUAAGUUAAAGUGAUUCUUGCUCUUUGUCGUCGUCUUGAAGAUCAAGCAUAACGUAAUAACCGCAUUCCUGCAUUUAUAGGAUUCAGAAAUCGCCUGACACAUCACGUGAUUAGUCUGUUUUACACAUGCUAACGGUUUUUAUACAAUUUUGCGGGGGAAGUCCUAAUUAAGAUUCAGCCGGCAGCAUGAAAGUCGUACAACUACAAGCUAGAUACGUGGUGCCACAGUAGGUUGAUCCAGUACUAUUCUUGUUUUUGACACAUUUCGUAAUUAUAAAUAUUAUAGAAUGUCUAUUGGAUAUAACAGUCUUAAGAUUUCACGACGUAACUUUUAGAUAUUUGAGCUAAUGUUGUCAUGAUUGCCUUUUAGUGAUGUGAUGGCUAUGGCAUGGCCAGGUGGUUAGGGCGCUCGACUCGCAAUCUGUGGGUCGCGUGUUCGAAUCCCCGUCACACCAAAACAUGCUCACCCGGUGUCCGGACUAGGACGCAACUACUACUAGUGAUGUGAUCACAUGAAUCUGGUGUACACCUGAAGCUGUAAUGUUUUGUAUUAAACUGGAAGUUUGAGUAUUUGA